AUGGUGGCUCAACAUGGUCCAGAUGGGCAUACAGAGCAAGCAAUUUAUUACCUUAGUAAGAAGUUCACAGACUAUGAGAUAAGGUAUACAACCCUGGAGAAGACUUGUGCAGCUUUGGUUUGGGCAACAAGGAGGUUGAGACAUUACAUGUUGACCUAUUCAGUCUUUUUGGUAUCCAGAAUGGAUCCCAUCAAGUAUCUUUUUGAGAAACCCGCAUUGACGGGUAGAUUAGCACAUUGGUUAUUACUCUUAGCGGAGUUCGACCUUGUGUAUGUCACCCAGAAGUCCAUCAAGGGUAGUGUCAUUGCUAAACACCUAUCCACACAUCCAGUUGUUGAUACAAGGCCUUUGAAUGACAUAUUUCUAGAUGAAGAUGUAGUUUUUGUUGAGGUUGAAAAUGAGGUUGGCAUUUGGCAAAUGUUCUUUGAUGGAGCUGCCAAUCACAAAGGAUGUGGAGCCGGAGUUCUACUUAUAACUCCUGAAGGGUUGAACAUGCCCAUGGCAUAUAGGUUGGACUUUGAGUGCACCAACAACAUGGCCGAGUAUGAAGCUUGCCUCAUAGGAUUGAAAGCAGCCAUCUCUAUUGGGGUCAAAAGAUUGGAAGUAUACGAAGAUUCGUCGAUUGUCAUAUACCAAGUCCAAGAGGGACAAUAA